AUGAGCAACCAAUUCAGCAAGCUGCUAGAAUACUCUGCGUGCGAGAUCGCCGAUGCUCUCCUCGAGCUGAGCGUGCCGGGCGCCGGCUUCCUUCCAGACAUCGCGCCCCUCGCUAAUACACAAACAAAAAUCAUCGCCCCCGCAACAACCGUCCUCUUCAUCCCCCGAGACCCGCCCCCCUCUCUUUCCGCUACUCUAAUGCCGUCCAACAUACCCAAAGGCCAGAUCUACGCCGACAUUAUCAUUCCUUCAACCAUCGUAGUCAUGUCGCAGCCCCGUGGCGCCAGCACGGCAACGAUGGGGGGUUUGAUGGCAGCGCGGAUGAAUAAGCUCGGCGCACAGGGUGUGCUCGUGGAUGGGCGGGUGCGAGAUGUAGCGCAGUUGACCGACAGUCGGUUUGUGCACAUGCCUGUGUGGAGCCGCGGUGUCAGCGCUGUAGCGACGAGGGGGGAGUGCAAGGCGCAUGCGGUCGGAAUGGAGGUUUGGGUUGGAAAGUCGAGGGGGGAUUUGAUUAUGCUAGAUCCUGAGGAUAGGUGUGCGGUUUGCAUCCCGCAGGACCAGGUUGGGGCUGUGCUAGAGAUGGUGGAAGGUAUUGCCACAGCGGAUGAGGUGAAAAUGGUGAGAGUGUUGGGGGGAAUGAGUGUGCAGGAGGCAAUUUCUCUGUAG